CACGCACAGACCAAGAUCAGACGUCCUCUGUGGCUGGGCUUGCUGGACUCUGCACCAUGAGAAACAGAUAUCUAAGGUUGCUGCCAGGACUCUCAGUGCUGCUGUUGUUGCCACUGGGAGCUGCAGCCCAGAGUGCUGGAGCCUGUGCUCGCUGGUGCCCUCCGAACCCUCCAUGUGUCAAUGCCCACGCCUGUCGCUGCCUUCUAGGAUUCAGUUCUUCAUCUCGAGAUAUCAUCACCAGCCCCAUGGACAAUUGCGAUGAAAUCAGCGAGUGUGAACCGCCUUGGAGAGUGUCCUGUAGGGUAUAUGCACACUGCCAGGACACAGAGAAAAUCUACUGCAGGUGCACCCCAGGAGAGGAGCUUGUUUCUGAGGAAAUGUUCACCGAUGAGUUUAACAAAACAUGUGAAGUGACUGCCAGGAUAAGACCUUCCCCCACUGGAACCCACAUGGGCUUGGCCAUGCCAGGAGCCCUCACAGACCCUCCGGGCCAUGAUGGACCCAGGAAGCCUGUCCAGAAAUGUGGGAGGGGUCUCUUUCUGCUGGUGAAGUUGACAUGGAAAGCUACACUGCACAAACUUAUAGGCUCUGCCCCCACAACCUGUGCUCAGCAGUGCCCUCCAAAAUCCUUAUGUGUCAAUACCAAUGCCUGUCGCUGCAUUCCAGGAUUCAUUUCUUUGUCUGGGGAGAUCAUCACCAGCCCUGCGGAGAGCUGCGAUGACAUCAAUGAGUGUGAAACUCCCUCGACAGUGUCCUGUGGAAAAUUCGCAGAUUGCCACAACACGGAAGGGAGCUACUACUGCACGUGUAGCCAAGGAUACAAGCUUGUUUCUGGGGCAACAUUAUUCUGGAAUGAAAAAGAGAACACGUGUCAAGGUAAGAACCACUCCGCAUUUUCCAUCUCCUCGUCCAUGAGGUUUGAUGUCAUUCACUCCACUUUCUCCAGGCAUCAGAGGGCCGUCCUGGGCACCUACCUGAUCCCCCUCCCUCUCAGAACCCCAAAGCUCAGGACCCUCCACAGAGGGUCACUUUUGGAAAGAGGGAUGGCAUUCAAGAUACUUCAGGAGUUCACAGUGCAUCGUGUUUCAGCACAACAUCCCUCCUCUUCACCAUCACCAGUGACUUCUGGGAUGAUGCCGUCCCCCACCAGCACCCACAUGGGCUCGACCACACCAGGAGCACACUCAGACCUCCCAGGCCAUGAUGGACCCAGGGACCCUGUCCAGAAACCUGGGAGUGGGACAUUCCGCACCUGGAAUCCACCCCGUGGAAUCAAGAGCCAGCGUCUCUCCCACUUCUUUGGAAGAGUCGAGGAUCUGCGCAGAGACUUCAAGUCAGUCCCGGCCCAGGACACCAUCCAGAACCUCAUGCAGGAGGUGGAUGUUCUGCUGGAGACCCCAGGGGGCCUGGAGACCCUGCCCCGCUCAGAGCAGCACUGUGUGGCCUCUAACCUGCUCUUUGGCCUGGAGGAUGUCCUGAGAGGGCUGAGCACUGCCCUAUCCAAUGGGUCAUUGACCUUCAAUUCAUCUGCAGGAACAGAAUUGUCCCUGGAGGUGCUGGAGCAAGGAGACAGGAGUAUCACCUUGAGUCAGAAUCAGGCAAAGAUGCUGCUGAACUGGGACCUGGUGCAGGAAUCUGGUGACUCAGGCCCUUCUGUGGUGGGCCUUGUCUCCACUCCAGGGAUGGGUAAGUUGCUGGCUGAGGCCCCCCUGGUCCUGGAGCCUGGGGAGCAGGCCGUUGUACAUGAGACGCAUAAGGACUUGCUGCAGGUAGUCUCCCCUGUCCUGCUCUCAGAUGUCGUCACCGCCUUUAUGAACAACAAUGACACCCAGAACCUCAGCUUCCAAGUCACCUUCGUCUUUAACCAUUCAGUGACCCCUGGGCCAAGGCAGAAGGUGUUCUGUGUCUUCUGGGAGCAUGGCCAGAAUGGAAGUGGUCAUUGGGCCACCACAGGCUGCAGGGUGGUGGACACCAGAGAUGCCAGCACCACUUGCCAGUGCACCCACCUCAGCAGCUUCGCCGUCCUCAUGGCCCACUACGAUGUGCAGGAAGAGGACCCUGUGCUGGCUGUGAUCUCCUACAUGGGGCUGAGCCUCUCUCUGCUGUGCCUCCUCCUGGCGGCCCUCACCUUCCUGCUGUGCAGAGCCAUCCAGAACACCAGCACCUCGCUCCACCUGCAGCUCUCCCUCUGUCUCCUCCUGGCCCACCUCCUCUUCCUCACGGCCAUCGACCGAACUGAGAUCAAGGUGCUGUGCGCCCUUAUCGCAGGUGCCUUACACUAUCUCUACCUGGCCUCCUUCACCUGGAUGCUGCUGGAGGGCCUGCACCUCUUCCUCACUGCUCGCAACCUGAUGGUGGUCAACUACUCCAGCGCGAGCAGCUUCAUGAGGAAGUUCAUGUUCCCUGUGGGCUACGGGGUCCCGGCUGUGAUUGUGGCCAUUUCUGCAGCAUCCAGGCCUCACCUUUAUGGAACAUCCGCCCGAUGCUGGCUCCACACACAUGAAGGAUUUAUAUGGGCCUUCCUUGGCCCUGUCUGUACCAUCUUCUCUAUCAAUUUGGCUUUCUUUCUGAUGACCUUCUGGAUUGUGAAAAACAAGCUCUCCUCACUCAACAGCGAUGUGUCCACCCUCCAGAACACGAGGAUGCUGACAUAUAAAGCCACAGCUCAGCUCUUCAUCCUUGGCUGCACGUGGUGUCUAGGAAUCCUCCAGGUGGGUCCAGCUGCCCACGUCAUGGCCUACCUCUUCACCAUCAUCAACAGCCUGCAGGGCGUCUUCAUCUUCCUGGUGCACUGCCUCCUCAGCCAGCAGGUCCAGGAGCAAUACCGAAAAUGGUGCAAAGGGGUCAGGAAAACCAAAGCCGAGUCUGAGAAGUACACGCUCUCCAGCAGGGCCAUGUCUGAUGCCUCCAGACACAGUGUGGAGAAUUAAAUUAACAGCUAACCAGAAGAUUUCAUAUCCUGGAAAAUUCAGAACUGUCAUCCUUUCAUCAAAGAGUAUAAAAAACCCUUUUUCAUGUUUGUUACCAGUUACUCCUCAUGACACCAUUGAGGGAGAAAGUAUGCAGGAAAGGUUUGAUAUUCAGUUGCUGGAGGAUUUGGGCUUUCUGGUCCAUACGGCACGCUCAUCUCACUCCCAGCAGAGUCAAGGAGCUGUGACCCAAUUCCCCAGUUGCCUUGGAGGAAACACUCUGCUCCAACCUCUUUUACAACAAAGACGUCCUCAAAUUGAAGAUAUAUAAUAAAGAAAAGCAACCUCAAUGACUUUCUUAAAAUAGCAUGAAAGGAAAAUAUUUUUCAAAUUCCUGCAUGUACUGUAAAUAAUU